GUAAUAUAUCUUGAUAGAUUGUGUUUUCAGACCUUCCAAGCCAAAUAUGUCCGAUUUCGCUUCAAUGAAAAUUGCUGAUCUCAAGAAGGAAUUGAAGAAAUCUGGGUUACCUACGACUGGUAACAAGCAGGAGUUGAUUGAAAGACUACAGGCUGCAGAAGGAACCUCUCUGUUGGAUGAGAAUGAUGAUGAUCUGGAUCAGGAAGAUGAAGAAAUGACAGAGGAAGCUAUUAAAGAAGCUGAGAAAGAAUUACAGGUUCAAGGAGAAACUAGUCUUUCGGAGGAAACUACCGAAGAAAAAACAGAAGUUUCAGAGGAGAAGGAAAACAAGAUCUCCCCGGAAAAGGUGAAGGUUGUGGCGGAGAAGGAGGAGGACCCGGCGGAGAAGAUCAAGGCCAGGGCGGAGAGGUUUGGUGGGUUCCAGUCUGAUGAGGCGAAGAAGGCUGCUCGCGCUGCUCGUUUCUCCGAUAUGAUGACGGAGAUGAAAGGGAAUGAGACGAGUAAAAAGAUCGGAGCCGCACCUGCUGUUGAUAUAGACCUUCUCAAGAAAAGAGCUGAGAGGUUUGGAGCUGCUGUUUCUCCACUAGUAAAAGAAGCUGAGGUGUCUGAAGCUAUCAAGAGGAGACAGGAUAGGUUCGGAGUAGUGGCCAAAGACGAACCCAAGCCUAAGAAGAUAAAUCUGAAUGCCGGUGUGAACUCUGUUCUCCUGGAUGAGAAGAUCAAAGCAAGAGCGGCCAGAUUUGCCGCCGUCUGAGCCAAUCUCAGCAUUUAUUCUGUAAAAUAUAUUCAUCUUUAACUCUUAAUCUGAGAUUGUUAUGAGCAAUCUCACCUGAUUCUGUAUAAUUUUUUCUGUUUUUCUUGUGUUUUGUAUCCUGAUGUUUAAUUGCAGAA